CUGACAGAGGGAGAGGGAGAGAGUGAGAGAGAGAGAGAGAGAGAGAGAGUAUGUAACAGGAGGUCUGAGGCGGUCAGAUGUGCAGUCUGAGAGUGUGUGUGUAGGAGUGAGGCUGUGUUUUCCUAAGGACUCUAUGCACAGCAGUACCAUCACACACUCCAACAGAUCUCUGACACAGACUUUGACAGUGAAUUUGAGUAAAAGCAGAAGGACUGGAAACCCCACAGAUGACAUGCAGCCUCAGAGGACGGUGGUAUGUGACCAUCUUAAUGGCUCACGGAUCGUUUUCUCAGAUGAAAGUCGACCAGGAAAUGCUCUGUCCCCGGACAUGACCCAGGAAGUAGUUGUGAUCUCGUCUGGUCUCCCUGAACAUCCUCCGACCCCCUACUACAGGACCGCUGCUGCUGCUGCUGCUUCGGCUGCUCAGCACAAUGUUGCAGAGGUAAAUGGAGGUGCAGUCAACACACCCAGUUUCGGAUCCUACUACGGACCACAUGACAGCUUAGCUAACGGUGGGCCACACUCUGCUACUCUGCCUCGCACUUCCAUCAGCAGAGAGGAGAGGCUCAUCAAGUUCUCUGGGAUCGGCCCUGUGGAUGAAACAGGCAUGCCAAUUGCUUCCCGAUCUAGUGUGAACAAACCUAAGGACUGGUACAGAAGCAUGUUUCGACAAAUCCACAAGAAACCAGAGGAGCUAGAAAUCGACUGGCAAGAAAGGAGGUUGAAUACAGCUCCAGCUGCAGAUUCGGCUCAGGAGGACGGACACCAAACUGGAACUGACCCCUUCACCCUGACGCAGCAUGGAGCGCUACCUGACUGGGCUGAUCUGGGUGAUGUAGUCAAGAUUCCAGAGCCAAAGAGCAUUUUCGACUUCGAGCCAGGACAGGGAGGCACAGCGGAGGAACGUGUGCAGUCACCAAGGAAACCGCUAGUGCACCACCCUCCUGAGAGAGCCCACUCCCCCUCCAUAGAAGCCACUCUGGUGUCGGAGCUGAACCGCUUCGAGGCGGAGUUGGACUCAGACAUCCGUGGCCUGGAGAGGAAGCUGUCUCAGAAGCAGCAGCAGCCACAGCGGCAAGGCAGGGGUGAGGGUGAAAAGAACAACACUACAACAGCAGCAACAUCUGGGAAAGGACAGGAAUACAGCUACCUGAUUGGAGAGAAGGACCCCAGGACAAAAGAAAGAAGUGCCCCACCAAGCCAUCCUACAAGCCCUUGCGCUGGCGUUCAGCAAGACAAAGCACCUAGCAUCACACGUGCUAAUGACAGAGCAGGGUGUGUGUCUGCAGACAUGGACUUUCUACCUAAGAGAGAGGAGAAAAAGAUGAAAGCAGCACGAGCCAAAUUCGAUUUCCAAGCCCAGUCACCCAAGGAGCUGACCCUGCAAAAGGGUGAUGUGGUUUACAUUCACCGGCAGGUUGAUGCCAAUUGGUAUGAAGGAGAGCAUCAUGGAAGAGCAGGGAUCUUUCCGACUAGCUACGUUGAGAUAAUUCCUCCGACAGAGAAGCCAGUGCCGAUAAAGUCUCCCAGUGUACAGGUGCUGGAAUACGGCGAGGCCGUGGCUCUGUUCAACUUUAAUGCAGACCUGCCAGUGGAGCUGUCCUUCCGGAAGGGUGAGGUGAUAUCCAUAACACGACGGGUGGACGAUCACUGGUUAGAGGGUCGGAUCUCGGGAACCACCCGCAGUGGCAUUUUCCCCGCCAACUACGUGCAGGUCAACAAAAUGCCCCGAACCAAAACGGCUGAUGACCUUUCACCCAGCCCACUCUCACCCCUCUCCCCUUCCCCUCACUGCACUCAGGCUCCGCUUUCACCUCACGCACGCACCAGCCAAUCACGCUCACCCCUCUCACCCACACAGCCCGCCUUCAUCAAACAAUCGUCCAAUCACUUUGUGUUCUCGCCUGGCCCCACCUCACCCACUCCGCCCAACAGCCACAGGACUUUCUCACCUUCAGCAUGCAGCUCACUGGACAGAGAAGCAAGAUCCCCAGUUUCACCAUCCAGUCAUGUCCUGGCAUCUCCACAGGGCCCGGGACUGGCGAUGAACAUGAACCAGAGACCAUCGUUUUCUUAUCAGGACAGACCUAGGACACACUCUCCUCAGUAUUACACGCAUGUAAAAACUCCACCAUCAGCAGCUUCCCCAGUCAACAGCAGCACUACAGUCAUACCACGACAGCCAUAUAAGGCAGUUUACAACUACAAACCCCAGAACGGAGACGAGCUGGAGCUGAGGGAGGGAGACAUCAUUCAGGUGAUGGAGAAGUGUGAUGACGGCUGGUUUGUAGGUACGUCUGAGAGGACCCGUGCUUUUGGAACGUUUCCUGGCAACUACGUGGCACCUGUCUGAACGUGAACAAACGUUGUGCACCGUCACUACUUCUGCAAUCUCGCUCACUAAUCCGAAGACAAUUUCAGCACAUAUGCACAAUCAAUCUUCAAUCUUUCUGUCAUCUUCUCUCAAUUUUCAGCUCCUUUUUAAACUGGUUUGCAUGCACACUCUUCACAUUUUGAGCACUCGUGUGUGUGGGUGUGUGUUUUCACAAGCACUCCCUGGAUGUGGUGGCAAUGGCAAAGACACUGUGUUUGGAACAGUCAAGGCAACUCACUUGUUUUUAAAGCAACCAGUUACUGAUUUAAGAGGUGGCCAUGGAUUUGGUUUGGACUGGAGUGCUGCCACAGAGAACAGAGACAUAGACACGCGCCUUAUCUUCUACUUGCUUAUUUUGCAGCACGACCUGUGUUUCACAUUUUUGUGUAAAGAUUUCCUCCGUCCUGCGUUUCAGAUUUGUAGCAGCGCAGCUCCGUGAACACUCCACGAAGAAACACAUCCGGAUGGACGGAACUUUCUCGAUUAUCAUGAUCAUCACAAAUAUUAGUGUUUUUAGUAGGAUUUUUUUUUUGUAGCUUGGCUGAACUCAAAUUUAUUAUUAACAACACAACCGUGCCAAUCCUUGCCUGCUAGAGCUUCAUAUAUGUGUAGUUUAUAUUAAUUCUGUAUCUCUUACGCUGUCGCUGGAGGCACUAUUAAAGGAUCACCUCACUCUGGUCUGCAACAUUCUAGGGAUUGUAGGAUAAGGAAAGAACUCAAGCAGAACUGGCUUCAGUAUGUGCGUAUUAUAAAUCUAGAGCUCGAACAUGUCUGUAGUGGAUUAGCUUGAUUUCAGGGCUGUAUGUGAGAAUAUCUAAAUAUGAUUACCUACAUGACAGAAACCUAUAACCUAUUACCGAAAACUUGUGUUAUUGAUGAUUGUUCUGUGUUGAAUAUGCUCAUUAGAAAUGCAGUCAAUCCUACAGUACGCAUGCUGUGCACCAACGAAGAUUACGGCUCUGCCAUUGAGAUUGGGCGUUCCUUAAUGAAAAGGAAGUCUCAUAUCAUUUCUGACUGGCUCCUUGCCCGAACAUUCUUUCUGCAUCAACCAGAUCUGGAGUAAAAUUCAAAGCAAUUUGAAUGAGUGACGUGGAUGUGGUUGGAGUUAAAGUAUAAACCUUAACUAUUGUAAAGUUGUGAAGUUUAACAUGAUACUCGAUGAUAUAGCGAAGUGGUUCUUGUGUGUAAUUGUUAUACUAAAGUAAUAAUCUACCACAUAUCCACCACUCACUUCCUUUUUGAGUACGAAAAAGUUCUUGGAAAGAUGAAGUAACCGAAGAUGGUGACCAAAGUAUAAAGAAAUAAGGAAGUGUUUUUAAUCAUAUCACGAAGAACAACGUGACCAGCUGAUUAAUGUACAGUUAAUGUCUCAUGAACCAUGUCACUGACAAUUCCAAGUAAAAAACUACUUCUUUAUAAGUGUUUCUUACGCUCAUAGUCACGAUCUAUGACGUGACCACAGGUUAUUAUGAGAUGGAUGGGUUACACUAGAAUGGUGAAUGAUUGUAUGUGGUUGUAUUGUGUAGAAUACUGGUUUCUAACUCGAGUAUUAUUUUCAUUUUUUUUUUGUUUUCUGACACUGUACAGAUAUUAACAGUUAUCAAACUGAAAAAAAAUAAUAAUAAUAUAUUUUUACUGAUUGCACAGUGUAUUUCAGUAGCUAUGGUACUCACAGAUUUCUAUAACCAUCAAAUAAAUGCAUCCUGUGCUGGAAGAAAA